AUGGAAACCAUCCAGUCCCGCGUAUUAACCGCACAGAGCAGCGCUACCCAGAAGCCAGCCCUAGAGAUGGAGAAUUAUGAUGGCUCCCUGAGCUUCUCUCCUUUCAGAUUCAAGCAUUUUAAAGAAAAGGUGUCACAGAGCUUUAGGGAGAGAGGAGCAACUGGAAGGAUAGUGCAGCUGUCCUUUGCUGGGGUGAUUCUCUACCUUGCAGGCUACUCCUCUGGGCUGACUGGCCCUGGGGAGGUGAGCAGGCCCCUGGGUGAGUUGGUGUCUGUGCUGUGUCAGUACCAUGAAUGGCAUCAAAGAAAUAGGAAAUAUUGGUGCCGAGGAGCAGUUUGGAGAUCCUGUCACAUAGCUGUUGAGACCACAGGGUCGGAGGCCGAGGCAAAGGGGGGCAGAAUCUCCAUCAGAGACAACCACAGGCUGCGCACAUUCACAGUGACCAUGGAGAACCUGAGGCUGGGAGACGCUGGGAUUUACUGGUGUGGGAUAAGCAAAUUUGGAUUCGAUACAGGAGUUCCUGUUAAGGUGACUGUUCUCCCAGGCUAUUUUUCUGCACUGGCUGACCCUGCACUGACUGCCCCUAGGGAGGUGAGCAGUCCCCCGGGGGGCACUGUGUCUGUACCAUGUCAGUAUGGUAAAAGAAAUCAGGGAUCUCAGAAAUACUGGUGCAGAGGUGCACAGUGGAAGAGCUGCUCCAAAGUUGUUGAGACUGAAAAGUCAGAGGUCAAGGUGAAACGGGGCAGAGUCUCCAUCACAGACAAUCACACCAUGAGCACAUUCACUGUGACUAUGGAGAACCUGACUCUGGGAGACGCUGGGAUCUACUGGUGUGGAAUAAAUAUAAAAGGUGGAAGUGAUCCUCAUUCCCUUGUUAAUGUGACUGUUCUCCCAGCUCUUUCCACUGCAGUGAUGGUAACCACUGGAUCUCUCUCCCCAGCAACAGGCCCAGCACACACAGUUGAGCACCCCAAAAGUUCUCCUUUCACCAGUGCUGUGUUCCUGCUGCCAGUGCUCCUGGUGGUUUUACUUAUAUUACUGAGCGGAGCCAUGCUUCUGGCCAGAAGAAUGAUGCUGAAGAGGAAAAAGGCUGCUGGAGCCGUUGGGCCUAGCGCAGCAGUGAAUGAGGCUGUUGCCAGCACCGGAAGUGAUGUUCCCUAUGCAACUGUGAAACCAAAAUCUAGAAAAUCCAACACCACAGCCUCAUCACCCCACUCCGCUCAGGCCGAGCCCAGUCCAGAAAGGGUGGAAUAUUCUGCUGUAGCUCCAGGACUGACAGAUAUUUCUUACGCCACAGUGAAAUAUCCAAUCCUGGAUGAGCAGGUAAUCUACAUCAACGUGGACAGGCCAUCCAGUCAGCCUCCCUUGAGCAGCCCUUGGGAACAAACUGAGUAUUGCGAAGUGAAAAAGAAAUAGGCUCCCUCUGGAACAUUGCACUUCCACAAAACAACAGGGAAGGAGGGAAAGGAAAUAUUUGCAACCUCCUGGAGCAGUGUUGCAAGGAAUGAAAUUGCCUGAGAUGAGCUGGUGCUGAUGGAGUCCCAACCAGAUUAAGCAAAAUGCCAGAUGGAACUAUAUUGAACUGGGAGACUCACCAGAAUGGUUUGAUGCAGCUGAACACGAUGUGGUGUAAUGGGGGGAAUGCUGUGGAAAGGCAGAAAAAUCAGUUCCUCAGUCUUGUUUAUUUAUGUGUACGUCAGUUCUCACUUGUACUCUCUCAUGAAGUUAAAGCUGGAGGGGUGGGGGGAAAAUGUGAUUCUGCAGAGAUGGGUCCAAGUCAUGUAGUUCUGCUCCAGUUUCCUGGAUUUGAGGGAAGAGAGGUUGGGUUUGGGAUUCAUCCUGACCCAGGGAGCAUGGUGGUGGUAACAUCUUCGUCCCCCAGCUCUGCUGAGACAGUGAAGAGGCUGCAUGCAUCAUAGCUGCUCAGAGAGAUAAGGGAGCACCAUGGGAGCAGGACCACAGAAAGACAAGGGGUGGAAUGCGGGGCAUUUGGGGACAAUGCUUAGACAGGAGCAUUCCCCAAAAAGGCAGACAGGACUUUGAUUAGAAUGGCCCCUAAUGGAAGAAAGGAGAAAGACCUCAGACAUUAAGCAGCAUGGAAUGGCACCAGCUUGGUGGAGACGAUGCAACAUUGUUAGGAUAUUAGGAAAAACUGUCACUAGGAGGGUGGUGAAGCACUGGAAUGGAUUACCUAGGGAGGUGAUGGAAUCUCCUUCUUUAGAGGUUUUUAAGGCCUGGCUUGACAAAGCCCUGGCUAGGAUGAUUUAGUUGGGUAUUGGUCCUGCUUUGAGCAGGGGGUUGGACUAGCUACCUCCUGAGGUCCAGUCCAACCCUGAUAUUCUAUGAUUGUUGGGGGAUAGGCCUUGAAGAGAGAAGACAACAGCCCUAGGAGGGGAGGGUUGGCAAGACCAGAUGAAAGACAGGAAAUGGGAGAGAGUUUUGCAUUAUUUCAUUGCACG